CCAAGUUGGAGAGACCCAGCCAUUGAUUGAUGAAAUUUUGACGAAUAUCAACGCCAUCAUAUGCGAUCUAUCACCACAACAAGUGCAAACUUUCUAUGAAGCAAUCGGAUACAUGAUAGGGGCUCAGAACGACUCGACGAUCCAGGAGAACUUGAUCGAGAGGUUCAUGUCUCUUCCCAACCAGACUUGGGACGCAAUCAUAGCAGAGGCAAGCAAUAACCUCACAGUACUGCACGACAUUGUGCGCAUCAAGCAGAUUGUGGGCAUUCUCAAGACCAAUAUCAGGGCGUGCAAGGCCAUCGGCAGCGGCUUCCUCAUACAGCUAGGUCGCAUUUACCUCGACAUGAUCAACGUCUACAAGUGCAUGAGUGGGUACAUAACACAAGCACUUCACGACAAACCCCCCACGAUGGUACGCGACCCGGUCAUCCGAGGCAUGCUGAGUGUCAAGAAGGAAUCGCUUCGACUCAUAUCCGAAUUCGUAACCAGGUCGAAUGAUGCCGAAACCAUAAAAAACCAACUUUUGGGACCCCUUCUCGAAGCAGUUUUAGUAGACUAUGCAAACGGAAUUGCAGCUUCAAGAGAACCAGAAGUGCUCAGUACGAUGGCAAUUAUAAUCACAAAACUGGAAUCGCUGGUUGAAGAUCAUGUUGGCGCCAUUUUUCUGCAGACGUUUGAGUGCACCUUGGAUAUGAUUAACAAAAACUUUGAAGAUUGGCCUGAGCACAGAGUCAACUUUUAUCAGAUGAUUCAAGCGGUGGUCAAACACUCUUUUAACGCUCUUUUGAAACUAACCUCGGAACAAUUUAAAUUAGUGUUGGAUGCGAUUAUCUGGGCUUUCAAGCAUACAAUGAGAAACGUCGCAGAUAUCGGACUGGAAAUUCUGUACCACCUUUUGGAAAGCAUGUCACGGGAAUCGAGUGCUGCUGCUGUGUUUUUUAAAGAAUACUACACCUCUGUCAUAGAGCACCUGUUUAGCGUAGUUACUGAUUCAACGCAUACUGGAGCACUAAGUAUGCAUGCAAAUAUCCUGGCCUUCAUGUUUUGCGUGGUGGAGAAAGGUCAACUGACAGUGACAUUGAAUGAGUCAGCGCCCGAUAAUGUCACUUACGUGAAGGAAUAUGUAGGCACACUUUUGAGAAACGCCUUCCCUCAUCUGACUUUGCAGCAGGUGCAAGUAUUCGUCACUGGUCUGUUCAGUCUUGAUGAAGACAACGCCCAGUUCCGAGAACACCUUCGCGACUUCCUGGUCCAGAUCAGAGAGUACGCUGGCGAGGACGAGAGCGACCUCUACCUCGAGGAACGACAGCAGGCACUCAAACAGGCCGAGGGUGAGAAGGCGGCUUUAAGGAAGGCAGUGCCUGGAAUCCUGAACCCCCAUGCUGAUUUCGAGAAGGCGGUAGCCAUUGAUGAAGACAUGAGCUGAGAUACCCAAUAUGGAAGAUACAGAGGGUAUUAGAUUAAUAGGUUUUCCAGGAGUGACUUUUUGGAAUUGGAGGUUCGAAAAACUAAACUGAAAAGAUAGUUGAACCGUCCAGGAUUGAAAAUUAGAUCUUAGGUUGUCGUUGUUUGUUAUUUACGCAAAGUUGGAAGUGUUUCGUCUCCAUGCAAUGAAUGUUUCGAUUGUGAGAUUCUGACAAUCAGCGAAAGCUUAAAAUUUGUGAAAUAUAUUGUAUCAAUCAAGUAUUCGUUGUUUUUACCAGAUGAGGAAACACGUACCAAUAGUUGUAUACCCUGUGCUUUGUUUUGAAAUUAACUCAUUCAUAAUACCUCAAACAAAACUCUGCAGCUGACAUUAAACGAUUUGACAAUAAAAUUGCUGCAGAGUUUAGUUUCUGAUUUUCUGACUGUAUUAUAAAUAAAAAGGAAGCAUUUAUAUAGCGGACUGAAAUCAAGAAACCGUAUUCUAAGAGUUAAACUGAGGAAUCUUUUUGAAAAAGUUGGACAGUCGAAGCAAUAUUUAGUUGCUGUGUAAAUAAAGCUGAAAUUCGUUAUAGAGAAUUUUUUAAUUGCUAGGUAUAAUAAAACUGAAAAUCUAUUUAUCAAACGCGAUCAGAAAAGGGCUUUGACAAUGAAAGACAGAAAAGUUAAUGAAUAUUCUAAUCAA